UGGGAGGCAGGCCGGCAGGCAGGCAGACAGAGUCGCAGGCGGGUGGUGGCGGCCGUGCUUGCUGGUGAGGGCGGGAGGGAGUGAGUCACUGAGCGUGUGUGAGGGAGGGAAGGAGCCAGCGGGCGGGCGAGCGAGCAACCCGUGCCGUCAGCCUGCAGCACCAGCCAGGCCCCGCCGCCGCCCCGUCGCUCCGCGCCGAGGCCGGGCCGAGCCGAGCUGGGUCGGGCCCGGGCCAUGCUGCUCACCGUGUACUGUGUGCGGAGGGACCUCUCCGAGGUGACCUUUUCCCUCCAGGUCGACGCCGACUUUGAGCUGCACAACUUCCGCGCUCUGUGUGAGCUCGAGUCCGGCAUUCCCGCGGCUGAGAGCCAGAUUGUCUACGCUGAAAGGCCUCUCACAGACAACCACAGAUCACUGGCGUCUUACGGCUUAAAGGAUGGCGACGUUGUGAUUUUACGACAGAAGGAGAAUGCAGACCCUCGACCUUCAGUGCAGUUCCCAAACUUACCCCGAAUAGACUUCCGUAGCAUAGCUGUGCCUGGCACGUCAAACACCCGGCAGCGCCAGCCACCAGGAGUGCAGCAGUCCCACUCAGCUCCUGGAGAAAUAGCUUCAUCUCCUCAGGGCUUGGACAAUCCAGCCUUGCUCCGAGACAUGUUGCUGGCCAACCCCCAUGAGCUGUCCUUGCUGAAGGAACGCAAUCCACCCUUGGCAGACGCUCUGCUCAGUGGAGAUCUUGAGAGAUUUUCUAGGGUCCUGGUGGAGCAGCAACAGGACCGAGCCCGGAGAGAGCAAGAAAGGAUUCGUCUCUUUUCUGCGGACCCUUUUGAUCUUGAAGCUCAGGCAAAGAUAGAAGAAGAUAUAAGGCAACAGAACAUUGAGGAAAACAUGACAAUAGCCAUGGAAGAGGCUCCAGAAAGUUUUGGCCAAGUAGUGAUGCUUUAUAUCAACUGCAAAGUGAAUGGACACCCUGUGAAAGCCUUUGUUGACUCAGGUGCCCAGAUGACUAUUAUGAGCCAAGCUUGUGCAGAAAGGUGUAAUAUUAUGAGGCUGGUAGACCGUCGGUGGGCAGGAAUCGCCAAAGGAGUGGGCACUCAGAAGAUCAUUGGAAGGGUACAUCUAGCUCAGGUUCAAAUUGAAGGUGAUUUCCUGGCAUGUUCCUUCUCUAUACUUGAGGAGCAGCCCAUGGACAUGCUUCUGGGACUGGAUAUGCUGAAACGGCAUCAGUGUUCUAUUGACCUCAAGAAGAACGUACUCGUGAUCGGCACCACAGGCUCGAAGACCACCUUCCUUCCUGAGGGGGAGUUACCAGAGUGUGCCCGGUUGGCAUAUGGGGCCGGGCGAGAUGAAGUACGGCCAGAGGAGAUUGCAGACCAAGAACUGGCAGAAGCCCUUCAAAAGUCUGUAGAGGAUGCAGAGAAAAGCGGUAAAGAAACUACCUCACUGGGAAUGUCAUCAUUACCAACUUCAGAUGGAUUUAACCAUCAAGCCCAUCCUCCAGGACUGAGUCCUGAGAUUAGUAAUCCUGCAAGUCUUGCUCACUCUGUCUCUGCUUCAGUCAGCCCUAUCCAGCCCAGUGACCCAGACAGCAUUGAACCUAAAGCUGUGAAGGCUUUGAAGGCUUCAGCUGAAUUCCAGAUAACCUCUGAGCAGAAAGAACAUCUUCCUCCACAGGAUCUUUCUGACUGUGCUCCUUCAGCAGACAGUGCUCCAGCAAACCAGAGUCCAGCUAUGCCUUUGCAGAAUUCACUUGAAGAAGCCAUUGUUGCAGACCAUCUAGAGAAAUCUGCUGAAAGAAGCACCCAGGGUCUCAAAUCUCAUCUCCACACAAGACAGGAAGCUAGUUUAUCUGUCACAACUACUGGGAUGCAAGAACCGCAGAGGCUUGCGGUGGGGAGAGGUUGGCACCCAGAAUGUCAGGACCCAAGUCAGGUGAGUGGCCUUCAGCAGCAUGAAGAACCAAGGAAUGAACAGCAUGAGGUUAUACAACAGAGUGCUUCCCAUGACCAAGACCAUCUUUGUCACACAGGGGACCUUGAACUUCUUGGAGAAAGGCAACAAAGCAGUGCUGGUUUAGAAGCUGCAAUGAAAGGAGACAGGCUACAGCAAAAUGUGGACCUUCCGGGUACAGGGAAAGAUGCUCUACCUUCAAGAUGCCUUGGCUGCUCAAAUUCAGAAACACUUAUGGAAGUAGAUGUUGUCGAACAGUCCCUAGUUGCUAUGCGGAAUUCAGGAGGUCAGAAUACCACUGUCAAGAACAUUGGUGCAUCUGAUCUCAUCUUAGAUAAUCCCUUGAUGGAAGUAGAAACAUCAAAAUAUAACCCUUCCUCUGAAAUUUCGAGUAAUUCCAUUUCUACUCAGGAUUUACAGCUUCUAGAAAGUAAUGUUGAAAUGUCUGAAAUAAGUAAAGAAUGCGGGGAUCACCCUUCCUCUUUAGUAAGUCUCUGUGGCAGUUGUCAGCCCUCUAUAGAGUCAACAGAGGAAUCUUGCUCAUCCAUAACGGCAGCCUUGAAGGAACUUCAUGAACUUCUGGUCAUUAGUAGUAAACCAGCUUCAGAAAACACAUCUGAAGAAGGUAUCUGUCAAUCAGAGACAGUAAUUGAGGGCCAAACAGGUAUUAAGGACCUUUCUGAAAGAUGGACCCAAAAUGAACGUCAUAGAGCAACCCAGAGUGAGCAGUGUUCACAGGCCUCCUGUCAUCAGGCCGUAUCUGUAUCAGUGAAGACAGAAGAAUCCCCAGACACUUUGGCUGCCGCUGGAGUGGAAGAUGUAGACACUGUUAACUUGAGGGGUCCAGGUGAUGGCCUGUUAACUGAUAAGGAAGGUGUCCCCAAGCCCAAGGAGUCAGUAAACAAGAGUAGUUCUGUUACUGUAGCCUCAGCAGAAGCGUCUAAUCAACUACAUUGCACCUUAGGUGUAGAGAUUUCACCCAGACUGUUAGCAGAUGAGGAGGAUACGCUCGAUCAGACUUCUGAGCAAACUGAGUCCUCGUCACCCGCUUGCAUCCUGGUUAAAGAUUUGGGUCAGGGCACACAGAAUCCAAUGACAGACAGGCCUGAGGCCGAGGAACAUGUCUGUCCUGAAGCUGCAGGGCAACUUCUAGAAUUUGAACCAUCUACCAGCCAUCCGUCACCAAGUCCCUCCUUUCUUGCACCGUUAAUUUUUCCUGCUGCAGACAUUGACCGGAUUCUCCAUGCCGGCUUUACUUUGCAGGAAGCUCUUGGGGCUUUGCAUCAAGUUGGCGGAAAUGCAGACCUUGCACUUCUUGUCUUGCUAGCAAAGAACAUUGUAGUUCCUACGUAACCAUGGAAAAGUGGGCUAGACCAUACUCUAUUCCCUUAAAAAAAGAAAAGUUGUAUAUCUACACACACAGACACACUCACCACAUAUACAAUAUAAGUAGAAACCUGCAAGCAGAAUGUUGAGCCAGAUUUUUUUUUUUUUUUUUUUAGAUUUUUUUUCGGCCAAAGUAAUUUAUGAUCUCUUGUCUGAUGAAUUUGUCUAUCCUAUUUGUUAAAAUUUGGGCCUUUUUAAAUGUAUUGGCAGUAUGUGCACACAGAAGCUUUUUAUUAUCAUUAAGAUGAUGUAUUCUGGAAUAAAAUUGAUGGUUUUGUGUAUAGCAUACCCUUUUAGAAUGAGAGUGAGUGCUUUAAAAAGCAGAAGCCAUGAGAAAAUCCCACCACCCAUGCAGCUGAAAGCAUGAUGUGGCUGUGUCUGUGCUGUAGGCAAGGUAUGGCUUAUUGACUCAUUUUUUGGUUUACAAACUUGAUCAUAUGGUUUGAUGUUUGGAAUGCAUUAUGAUUCAUGGGUUGUAACAGGAAACUGAAGAAUAGUUGAAUAUUUCCUGGAGUAGUAUGUUUCCAUUGGUGUGGUUAGGAUUUCACCUUUUAAUGCAGUGAGUUGGGAGGGCUUAAAACUUGGGCUGCUGCUUACCUCACAGGAUUCUGCAUGGAUUGCCAGAUAGCUUGGGUGGGAUUUUGUGAGGGAAUUAACAUCAGAGUGUAACAUGGUGCUACCCAGAUUAAAAAAAGAAAGGAAAAACUGUAAUUGCAUUUGCCAAUGUUGAUGAUGUUUCAACAACUGUUGUGAGUGAAAUAAUGCUCUAAACACUGGAAUUUACUAGUGAUUGGGUGUGGUAGCAUCUCACUGAUCACAUUUCAACCCUUAAUGACUCAUGGUGAACUUAUGUUCAGCUGAUGGGUUGGUUGCCAGCAGUUUAUUUCCUUUCCAAACUCAUCUUCUAGGAAGUUCUUCUAAAGCUCAGUUUGAGCUGUGUUCUGAGUGAAAUAUUCAAGUGUAAUAACCUUGUCGCUGGUUCAUCUUGGUGCUUGGAAUGGUCAGUCUAUUUGGUGAGUGUCUUUCAUGGCAGUGGAAAUAAUAAUUGGGAGUUUCUGACUCAAGUGGCCUUGGUAGAGUUUUCCAUCCCUUUCUUUCCUCAGGAGUUUCUUUUUUAAAGCAAGAUUCGUCAUAUUUGUGUUUACCAUGUCAAGAUAGAGUGGGGCAUAGUAUAUAGACGUAUUUAUUGUGGCCUUUUUUUAUAUGAGGACUAGCCCUUGGAAAUCAUUGUCCUGUGGGCCCCACUGUGCAAUAAUUCUACUGGGUAGAUUUUAGAUUUUUUUUUUUUUUUCCUGAAAGAUAAACUCUCUUAUAUACCUAGCAGGAAUCUGAAGUCCUGGUUUUAUUGAAGAAAAUUUUGAGAAUGAUAAUUCCUAAUUCCAGGCGGUGAUUUGCAAUGUGUCUGAAACAGAAGCUUCAGAAGGGUGAUUUGUGAACUUUAAAUGUUAAGUGAUUUUUGUCUAAAGUCUUACUCUCUUUGAGAGUUAUUUCCGUCAAAAUUUACGUCAUUGAGCACAAUCAAAAUGGAGGCUCAUAUCUCAGGAGUUUUUUAAAUCUUAAUUUGGGGGCACUUAGACAUUGCUCUUCUACCCUAUUCCAUCUUUCUUUUUGCUGUGAUGUUUGUAUGUGUAUUAGGAGCUAUGAGUGAUAUGAUGGAAAGUCGCAUAGAUUCCUCGUGAUUCUCUGAAGUUAGGAAAUGGUUGACAGAAAGAGUUGUCGCUUACUGUGUUCAGGGUGGUGCUCGAAACAAGUUAGCCAGAUUGUCUUUAGAGUGUUCUUUUAGACAGUCCUGUGCUGUAGACCCUUUUGCCUGCCCUAUGCCAAAGAUACAAGAUGCACUAGGAACCUGCUAAUAGGAUUUCUGUCAACCAGCUCUUAGAGCUGUGACUGCAGUUACGUAGUGGUGCUAUGAUUGAAACGAAAUUGAGUAGCCAUGCAAUGGGCCCCUGAUUUGCUUUAUGGGAAUGACUGGGAAUUUAUUCUGAGCUUGUCAAUCUUUAAGGUUACAAAGUGGGGUGAGUGUAGGGUGGGAGGACUUAUUGAUGACAAUAGUCUCCUCCAAAAGGCCUUCUUUAUAAAGAUGGGCCUCUUAGUUUUCUGUACAAGCAGUUCCUCUGAACACUGCUCAGAGACUUAACCACUGAAUUUUCACAGUGUGGAGAUUUGGGGGUCAAUCCCAGGUGGGCUGUAGAAUACCAAUCCAGAAAAUGUUUCAUUACAAUAGCUUUUAUUGUAUGUAUAUGUAUAUUUAUUUCUAGGAGAAAAUUCAAUAGGUAGGCCUAUAGUUGUACACGUAUUCUUAUUAGGAAUACUUUGGAUGAGCUUAACCCAUUUGCCAAAUAUCCCUGUCCUUUUUCAUCAUUUAUUUUCAACUUAUAGUUGCUUUUGAUUUUUUUUUAAUCUUCCUGUCCAUUGUUUGUGUGAAAGUAAAAAUUGUUGACAUUGUCAGGAUUUUGAAUCAUUUUUAAAUUUAGCAGUUCUAAAACACAAAAGGAAUUAAGGAAUAUGACAUUAGUGAACCUCCAUUGUCAAUUUUUAUGCAAAGUGCAGAAAUUAGACAUUAACUUCUCCAAGAAUAAGAUAAAAUCAUUGUGAACUCCUCUGAUUGCCAGCAGAACUGGUGAGGCUAGCCAUUACCAGUAUGGGCUGCUUUAUUGGAUAGCUCUUUUGUCAUAAUCAGUAAUGGACAGCCUUGUGAACAGUGCUUACCUCCAAGAGUGGCGUCUGCUUAUUCACCAAAGAGAGGAGAAGAUUUCCUUCAAGUUGGUUCCCGUGUGUAAGAAUGUGUUUGGUAACCAGACAGCUGUAGGCUCUAGAUUUUGCCAUUGUCACUGGUAAGAAUUAUUUCCACUUGUACCUCUUCAGGCAUCCAGACAUGGUCUAAUAGCCUUCAUCCCACCGUUUGGGCUUUGUCCAUUAUCAUAAAGAUUAUCAGUUGCUUGGCAAAGGGAACUAGAUAGAUGAUAAGUGUGUGAGAAAACUGUUCUGCCUUGCAGCCUACAAAACUUCCAAAGCUCCUUGUCUCAAUACAUACUAAAGGGAGACACACACCGAGUAUUUUUUCCCAAAGGGUUUCUCUAGUGAAAGAGUUACAUGAAAAGAUAAAUGAGACUUUGUGUUACCGAUUUUAUGAUAACCAGUUGAGGUGGAAUCUGCCUGUUUUUCCCUUAGCACAGCUUUUCUAUCUCUAGCAAAAGCCAUAAAACUUUGGGUUGGUUUAUAACCAUUAACUCGUGUAUAUAUACAUGUGUGAUAGAUAUCCUGCAGUUAAUUUUACAUAGAUUAAAAAGCAAACGUUUGUUAAUCUUCAGAUAACAGUCUUCAGUCAUGGUGAAGACUUUUAUCCCACCAUGUUUAUAAAAAACAGCCUUGCAAGUCACUGGCCAGAAGAGUUGCAGUACAUUCUGAUUUCCUUUUCCUGGCAGUUUGUCACCUGCAGAGAGUGUAAGCAGGGCAAUUGAACUGCUAUGUGUUUCCAACUUGUUAUCACUGGUAGCAUAUCAUAAGAGAAGCUAACUGGAUUGUGCAUUCUUUAGCACAGAUACCAAAAAGGCAAAUUUCUCCUUUGAAUUUGGUGACUUUGUGUAGUCUGUGGCUGAACUAGAAACAAACGCAGUUCUAAAAGAGUUCCCCUUCUGAGAAAAUGAAGGUUACCUUUCACGUUAGGAGAUUCAUAAAUUAAAAUAGCUGCUUUCUUUUUGAAAGAUUUAAACAUGCCGAUUUACAACAAGGUAAACUCAAAGCAUGUCCGUGAGAACCAGAAAUGUCAAAUCAUGGCUCAGGUUCCCCAGUAGUGUUCCCUCGAUGGAUGUUACUUGGGAGUUAAUUAUAUAAAUCAUGGAACUUAAGGGAGGAACCUUUGAUGUGCUUGAUUUUCUCUUGUGCCUUAGUUUCUCCAAAUAGCAGAGGCAUCAAGUUUGAGUUGGGGUGGGAAAGGGUGGAGAAUGUCUGAAAAUGGCCCUCCUGGAGAUAGGCAUGUAUGGAGUGUCCUAAGGGCUCACCUUUAUUGUUGAUUGAGUUAUCCUGCACCAAAUCAUUUGAUUUCCCAGAAGGAUUAGAUUUCCAUAGAAGUAUUAUGACAUGGCUUUUUUGCAUCAGGCAUACAAAAAGCAAAAUGGUUUCUAUGUGUUUAUUAUGUUCUUUGUUGUGCUAUCAGUAUUACAGUGGUAAAAGCAGAAGAAGUUCAAAAAACCCUGUUUGAGCAAUGAACUGUUACUGUCUCAGACUGCAGUUUGAAUCUUUGAAUAAGAAUUUGUUAUUCACUCAUGAGACAUUAAGUGACUGGUGAGCACUGAGGAUAACAGCAGUACUGAAACAAACUGGAAACUGCCUUGUAAAGCUAUCAGUCUCGUCAAGAGACAUGAAAUAAAUCUUAGCUUCAAGUGAAAGAUCUAUUUUUGCCUAUUAGCAUCAUUUAUUUUAAAAGUCGUACUAGGAUGAUUUGAUUCAAAUUCAAAGAAAAUGGAAAAGCAGGCUCAAAAUGGAAUUAGAAUCUGAGAACCUAAAACUACUCUUAAAAAUGUUUUUGAAAAAAUGAGAUUGGAGAAACCAACAAAAAAUGUGCUAACAUUUGGUGGAAAUACUUGAAGAGAUUAAGGACAGAAUUCAGUUUACACUGUUGGUAGAGGGGGAACAGGCAGGAUAAAAGUGCAAGUAAGUAGAAGAUGACCUAAUGUGCACCAGUGACAGUCAACUUUUCCUUCUAUCACGACCUCCUUCCAUGCAGGGUAGAAGUAUGGACUGUGCUAUGGCAGCCUUCCUGCCGUCUUUGAGCCAGCUGCUCUGAAAUACUAACCAUCUGGGCCAUCAAGACUUAGCAGAGAAUUCUGGAACAUUUGCUGUUUUAAAGCAGUUGAGUGCAAAAUGUGAAAAUAGAACUCUAGAGCAGAGAAUGUAGCAAGCAAUGGUUCUGGGACUAGAUGAAGGGCAGAAUUUAUUUACAAGAAAAUUCAGGCCUCUGCCAAACCUCUUCUGCAGGACAGCUCCAUCAAAAGGACAUUCUUGAGCCUGUCACCAUGUAUGUGGUAAUCCUGAGGAUACAGGUAGAAUUUCUGAACCUUAACCACGGUGACUUCUAAAGUUUACAAUUAGAAUAUCCUUGCAGGUUUGUCAGUUACAUACUGGUAAUCUAGACCUUCUGGGGACUAAAAUGUAAGAGGGUAUAGCAGAUAAGUUUUAGAGCACAGUCUUACGGAAUGAAAUCUACAGAGGAAGUUGGUGCAAGGGUGUAGAAGAUGGGAAAUUUCCCUAAAAUAAGGAGAUUUGGGGUGGGGAUGUGGAAUAUGAAAUUAGAAUAAUUUUUACAGAAUUAUAGUUCGCUUCAUAUGUACCAUAAAGAGGUCUUCAUUAGCUAACUUGGGAAAGAGGUGUGCUGGUAGAUUUUUUUCCUGGGAAGAUACAUAACUAAUAAAUUAUUUUGUUUACCAGGAGUUUGUUUCACAUUCAGCCUUGAAGGAUGCAUCAGUGGCUUAAAGAAAGGUAGACCUCUCUAGUUUCCUAUAUAUUCAGAUCAAUUCAGCAUACUGUUUGCUUUUUUUUAAACUGCACCUACAAUGAACGUUGAAUGCUCAUUUUUAUUCAAAAUUAAUCAUUUCCGUGGCAAGUUGCGCUAAUGGCCUUUGCACUCAAAUAAGGUUUGUUUACCAGUUUUGUAGCCAUAUUUGGCAAAUUUUAGCAAAUAGAAGCCCCUCUUUUCCCUCUUAUUUGUUCUUGAAAUUGUUCUUUUAUUGGUUUCCUGAUUUUUCUUUAAGCUUUGAGACCACUGCAUCUUACAAGAACUAGGCUGGUUGGCAAAAUAGGCUUGCCAGCAGCUCUUUCACUCCCAUAAGGCUUUGGUCUUGAGAGUUGGGAAAACUCUGAGAACUUAAGGGAACCAAACUCAGGAAUCCCACAGUUGGUUGCAUUGUGCCAUUGGUUUAGGGGCUGGACACAGGACCUGUCUGCCACUGAGUGAGCUAGAUGCAUUUGGGUUUGAGUUGUCACAUACUGAAAUGUAAGUCAGCCCUAAGUAAUCAAAACACUUUUAUUUUAUUUUUCUUUUUUUAUUAGGAACUUUCUGAAGAAAAAGUGAUGUGUAAAACAUUUGAUAUUUAAGACAAUAAAGUUUUUAUCGUAAGA